GGGGGCUGUAUUUCCUCUGGGUGAUAUAACUCCUCAAACCCAUUAAUAACGCAGCCACCAGCGGUCACAUCAAUCUGUGGCUGCAGACACGAGCCCACGGACAUGUAGGUGUUACUGGCCCGUGUGUGGUCACGUGGUCAGCCGCCGUUGAACUGAAUGGAAACAGGAGCAGCUUGUAAAUCAGCUGUGACAGCGAGCUACGUGUGUUUCUUAUGAAGUCAAUACAUGGGGGAUCACUCAGGGAUUUAUGAAUAGGGGGGAAGCAGUGUAGAAAAAAAGGUAAAUUAGACGAGUUAGAAGAGGUGUAUGUGUCUCACACAGCUGGGGUGUAUUGAUAAAGUGGCAUUAACAAACACAAAAGGUGUGUGUGGUGUUAAUUUACACCUUUAAAGUGGACUUUCUAGAGGAAGUUUACGCCUGUAUAAGUUAUGAAGUCUUUGCAAAGGUGCAAAAGUGCAAAACUUAAUUAAAGAUAAUUCACUUGAGUUUCUUUUCAUCCUGAUGAAUUAAGGCCGGACUUCACAGCUCAUAGUUUCAACCUUUUCAUGACGUCGAGCCAGUUGUUUUGGUCCUCCCUGCCCAAUCGGAGGCUCCGCUCACAUUCUACCGGAGCCGAAAUGGGUCUAUUCAUGCCGCGGCUGGCUCCGUCCUGCCGUAAGUACCACAACGCCCUUUGUCGGGGGCUCUGUGGUACCCGACUGCUGCUUUAAACAGCAGCACUGACAUGGAAACCCCAUUGCAGCUGCAGAACGAUUUCUUCCCAGAGCAGCAGCAGUUCCAGCACUGUAAGUACCAGCACUACUGCGGGCGCGAGGAUCGGCACGGUAAGCAGCAGCAGCAGCAGCAGCAGCAGGCGCACGAGCACUGCUGCACCUGCAAUAACUGCACCUGUGAGGCGAGGAAAAGCCUCGUCUUUCGCGGGACGUCGCCGACCACUGUGGGAACUUUAAGGACACCUUCGGUAGCGUCUUCGAGGCAAGGUUGCCAAUACAGCGUCUGCGAGUUCACACCCUCUAGUCAUGGUAGUUCAACCAGGAAUCAUCAUCAUCCUCACCAUCAGCAGCAGCAGCAGAAGAAGCAGGAGCAGCAGCAGCAGCAGCAGCAGUGCCGCGGUCGGCAGCGGGGCAGCCUGGGCAGCAGCCACAAAGACAGUAACUCCUACAAUGAAAUAGCCAUGAGCAGCUGCAGAUACAACGGCGGCGUAAUGCGGCCGCUGAGCAACUUGAGCUCGUCCCGCGGAAACAUACACGAGUUUGAUUCCGAGUCCCAGCCUUUGCGGCCCAUCUCCCCCCCUACUUUAGUAUCCAAACCGGAGAAUAAUUCCACCACCCUCAUGCCGCACCCCGGCUGCGGCCACAGCGGAGGCAAAUCGGGGAAAAAGAAGAACCAGAACAUUGGGGAAAAGCUCGGGCACAGGAGGGCCCUGUUUGAGAAGAGGAAGCGGCUCAGCGACUAUGCUUUAAUCUUUGGGAUGUUUGGGAUCGUUGUUAUGGUUAUAGAGACUGAACUCUCGUGGGGAGCCUAUGGAAAGGUGCGUAUUUUAUCCGAACUGAAGCUUGUUAGGAGUUGAUUUAGUGGUAAGAAAUCGCUUUGAAAUGGAACAAACUUGUGUUUCUUAAAAAGUGUUAUACAACGAGAGAAAGAAAGAAGUCGUGUCUUUCUGCAAAGUGUCCCAUGUAGUCACAUUGUCACAUGCAGGCCAACAGGCCCAACAAUAAGGGGGAACCCCUCCAGAACAAUAAGAUAUCGCAUGUCACAAUUUGUCAGCUUAAUUAUAACUUAGAUGUCCUCUGUGCUGCUGAUUUUUCCUCACGUUUUAAUGCCUGCUUUUAAGCAUGAAUGUAUUUGAUAUCACCAUGUUGUUGUGUGUGUUGUUGGGCUUUAGUGUUGUUGCUCUUUUCCAGGAGUCCCUGUAUUCAUUAGCUCUAAAAUGCCUGAUAAGCCUUUCUACAAUCAUUCUCCUGGGGCUGAUUAUCAUAUACCAUGCGAGAGAGAUACAGGUAAUGUACAAACUCCUUUGUUACUCUUUAACUCUUGGUGUGAAAACGCUCAGCAGUAUAUUAUAACAGUUCAUGUCUUAUCUAAUGUGGGGGAUAUGUCAUGGAAGCAUUUUCUGCUCUGUGAGUUUUGUCAGAUUUAAGGAAAAAAAAGUUUUUGUAAAAGCAAAUUUCUUGCUGAAAGUAUGAGAACAUGUGACCAGACACAGAAAAUAUCUUUGCAGCAUAAACAUUUUUGAACUUUUCUCAAAAUCUAUUAAUCCCUGGAUUUGCAAAAACACCUAUAGAGGAUAUUCAAAGUCUCUACUUGGCAAAAAAUGAUCAGUUUAUUGUAGGUUUAUAUUUAAUUCAGUAACUCCUCACAGUGCUCAUUGGGUGCAUAUAGAUUGUCAGCCCUCCCCUGAGGCGUUUCAACACUCGGACAGUUUUAUGACCUUGCCUCAGAGCAUUGUUGCAUUACUUUCAGUACUGCCUGCACUUCAGCUCUUGUGUCUUUAUGGAAGAGACAGAAAAUUAAUAGUUUCUGCAGGGCGAGAUGCAUGUUGCCAGGAAGCUUUCAUGCCUCAGAUGCGGCCUUUUGCCUUUUUUUCCAAAUUAAAUCAACUUAAAAGCAAACUGCUUGUAAAGAAAUGCAGCUCGAGCGUUCUCUCGGAUGCCGAAUGACAGCAUGUUUAAUCAUGUUAAUGGAUUUCCUUUUACACAAGAUGGAGACUUUUUUUUUUUUAAAGAUCCCUUUGGCUGAAUUGUAUGAGCUGAUUUAGCUGUUUUCACCUGAUUUCAUUCAGAAUGUAAAAAAGGUCUAAUUAUAAAAAGGAAUACACUGAACAAAAUUAUUCCACUUUUUGUGUUAGCUGGAGUGUUUCAAUCAGCCUUGUUGGUAUUUUUAGUGCUUCUAGGUCUCAGGGGAGAAUCACUCAUUGAAAUAGCACCACAGUAAAAUGUGUCGUCCCCUUCAGAUGUCUCAUUGUAAACCUUUCUUUAUGAGGGAUGAUAGAAAUGCACACACACCAUUAUCAUAUUUCAAUUCAUAACACAAGUGUUUCCAUUUCCCUUGCAGACACUUGCCCAGAAUCGUAAAUUACAAGUUUGCAUGAAAGCAUCACAUUCACCCUUCCCUCCCUCUGCCUCCUCACCUAUUCCUCUAAUCCUGCUUGAAUUAUUUCAUUAAUAAACAGAGACUUUUUCACCUCUGGCUCGUGCAAACUUUUCGUCUAUGUUAAAUACUGGAGCGAUUUAGUUGUGAGUAAUGUGUUGAGAAGGUGCAUUUUUCAUCACAGCAGGUUUCUACUUAAAGAGUGUUGUAGCAGAUUGUGUUAAAUUGGUUGUCAGGCUUAAGAUUUACAUGCAUGGUUCCUGUUAAGAAUGAGCCAGUUUAAUGCACGAGCAAAGAAAUAUAUACCAAAUACUUUUAGUUAUUCUAUCUGAUAUGAUCUGUGAUACAGCACCACUUUUCUACUGACGAGUACAGUGAUGAUGGUGCAUUCAGAGACCUUGAAUUCGCUUUUUUAAACGUCAGAACUAGUCAUGAAGCAAUGUUCUCUCAUUCACAACACUCAAGCUUAAGUAGCUUUGAUUUUAGCUCUGAAACAAGCCUUUCCUUUCAUUCCUGUAAGUGUCAGAAGCUGCACAUUUACCUAACAGGACGGCUGUUUCAAACCUCUUUGAUGCAGACUCCUAUGACAGUAACGUGGAUGCCUUCAACAUUUUUCUACUUUUGCUGACCUAGAAAACUUUUUAAAGGCAAUUGUUUUCUUUAGAUUUCAUUACUGCACUUUUUGCUAUACAUCCCCCCUUUCACACUGAUUUAUAUAUAGUUUAUUCAAAGCCUGAAGCCUCUAAAUGAAUCAGAAACAUCGCGUCACUGCAGUGUGUUACUCACUGCCUGCUACUUUGUGCGAGUUGGGUUUUAAGGACUGUUUGCUAAUUCAUCAAGUCCUCUUUGGAACAAACUAUCAGCUGCUUCCUGUAAAGUGACUCUGUCUGACUAUUUAAAUGCAGUUCCUAGUGUUUAUACUUCAACUUCCACAGCACCAGCUGCUCCUUUCCUUCCCUGCCUGAGGGGCUUUUGUGCCUGUCGUUGCUAGUCUGUCAUUACUCGGUUCCUGCAGACUGACAUAUGUGCUUGCACUCACACACUCGCACACAUACACACACAGACAAAUUAAUUCUACAUCUAUCAGGCUAAUGACUCUACAUACACACACCGUGGCUCUGGAUGUGUGUGUGUUCCCACUCUGGUUCUGUUUUUCCUUCUUUACUCACAUGUUUUAUGUUUGUAAGGCCAGCAUAGUUUUUUUUUUCGUCUAGUAAUUAGUUUUGACUCCUGAGCUGAAAUUAUAAUGACUGAAGUAACAUCACCUGAGGCACUCGAACCGACUUUCUCAGCCACGAGAGGCCUCGUACAGCUCUGUUUCAAAUGUGUUGUACUUAGGACCUCUAAGCUUUAUAACUCACCACAACUUAAGCAGUUAUGUGCUCUUACCUCUUAAUGUGGACUCUUUUUUAUUUUUAUUUUGAAUUAGCAACCCUCUCCUCAGACCGCAGCAGACUCAGCUGACAUUACAUGUGGUAGUUUGUGGGCUUUCUUUGAAGCCACUAAGGCUUCAGAGAACUUUUCCCUGUGUGUCCUGUAGACCUACUCUGUAUUUCUUACAAUAUUAUUGUGAAAGACUGGCAUUACAGACAUAACCCACAAUUUAACUGCCUGCAGGUGGGCAAGACAUUUGAGUGUUUUAUUUUUUUAUUUUUUAGUUGUUUUGGGGCAUUUUUGCCUUUAUUAGACACGAAGGCUGAAGAGAGAGUGUGGGGGCAGACAUGCAGCAAAGGAUUACAGCCUCCAUACCUGGGAUGCUGAGACUGCUGAGCCAUCAGUGACCUGAGAUUUCAGUGUUUUUAUAGCAGAAGUGGCCAGUGUGGCCUUGAACGUCUAGCCUGUAUGAAUAAGGAGCAGAAGCAACUUUAUUUUCUGAUCACUUUUUUUUGUACAGACAGAUUCAUUUGCAGUAUUUAUUCAUCUUCAUGUUUAAUUCGCAGUGCUGAGGCUGACUUGAGUGACAUUACCCAAGGCAGUUUAUCAGAUGUUGCUCCGUUUUCUCUGGAGCCCUAAGUGUUGACAUUUUUCUAUACUCUGUAGCAGGCUAAUCCCUUAAAACUGUUCCUGACUUGUCUGUGUAAAAUCGGUGAAGGUCCCCUUCAAAAAUCUGCACUCUGGCUGUGCUUGAAUGAUGUUGGUUGAGUAACUUUAUCAGAUAUUAUACAACUCUUACCUUAGGCUGUGCUGUACUUGGAAGAAAUAGACCUUGAAAAGAAAGAUUGUGAAGUUUAAAAGGUUCCUCUCUGACAGAAUUUGACCCUCCCCUCCUGGUUUGUGACCCUGUCCUCAUGUAUGUCAUGGCUGUUCAAGAACCUGCAGUGUUACGUCAUUGGUAGACAGUUAUUUAUUUGAGAGUGUACUUUUCCUCGUGUAAAAUUUGGCUCCUGCAGCGAAACUGAUUACACAUGCACACCCAUGUGUACCCACAGAUGCCUGUCAGAUGUAGAGCAUAAGUCAGGAUGAUGAAAUAUUUUCCAACCACUUCUCGCCCCUUAAAACUGAUUUACUUGUCAGACUCGGUAAAGACUGUGCCCUCUCAUUUUUAUUGGGUGUAACAACAGAAAGUUUUGACGACUGCAAACUCUAAAGGUCAGGGCAGACGGGAUGGAUGUUGGACACCAGCUGUCAUUAAGUGUUCAGGGAGACAUCUGCUCUGAUGUUUGACCUACUGAGCCAUGUGUAUUAACAGCAAGAGACUUGUUCGGCUAAAUGUCCUCAUAUUUGUCCCAACGAUCUACAAUUAAGAGAAGCCCUUUUAAUGUCUAAUCCCCAUUUGGGUAGAUGCUGUUGUUUUACUUUAAACUUCUCCUUGAAGUGCUAUCGGAUUCGGUCCCAAUGAGGUCUUUUGUUGACAGCUGGCAUUACGCCCGUGUAAUUUUUAGACUUUUAGUUGGGUUGAGUUUGCUGUGUUGGCAGGCAGCUACUUACGGUAUAGUACAAAAGGAAAUGGAGAGGUUAGAGUGUGUCGCUGCUCCGUGACUUUGAUCUGUCAUUGUCAAAAAUGAGCCGUGAUAUCUCCCUCUUUUCGGUGUGUAAGGUUGGUGUGUUCACCUUAUUCCUAAAAACAGACACGAGCUGACAUUUCCUUCAAAGUUUUCUCUUCCUCUCACAUCAAAAAGCUCUUUGCUGAGGGGCGUUUGUGUUCAGGCCAUCUCUGUGUUGUUGUACCUUGUGAUGACAGUUCUGCUGAGUUUCCUUAAACUAAUUCAAAAUGCUUUUGGGGAGCUGUUCUGUCUUUGAUGUGUACUUUUUCCUGAUAAAAGUCAGCGCUGAUGUUCCACAGUCACGCAGUGUAACAAUUUUUAAUCUGCAGAAAAGAUAAAAUAACAACACAUUGCCUAAACUGUGCCAGCACAAUCCUGCCAAAGUCAAACUUGGCCCGCGCUUGUCAGACCGCCCCUGGGUGGUGCGUAUGUGUCAGAGAUAUGGUGUAACUGCAGGAGACGCUCUGCAUUUCUCACAGUGAAAUCUGCCCUGUACCUGAGACUUCAGACGAGAGUCAGAUAACCAACGCUGGCUGGUGACCUCGAUGUUUUCACUGAAUGUACGGGCUUUCAAGGGCAGAGAUAUUCAGCCUCCCAAAGAGCCGAGAAUCCUCAAAAUUAUUAAUUCAUGGUUUCAGUGAAUUGUGCUCUGCAUGUGACUAAAAACAUGCAGAUAAUUCGAGUCUUGUAUUUUGUGCAACUUGGCUGCAGCAGCAACAACACUUAAAAGAAAGAAAGAUUUAUACAAGCUUGUACUUUCGCUGAGAGAGGAUUUACUUUGCUUGAAUAGAGGAAUGCAAAUGCAAAUGUGAGACUUAAUUUCGGAAACAAAAGCAAACUGAAACUGCAAUGGCCUCAGAUUUACUCAGCAAAGUGGCCUCUUAGUGGCUCGCUUUGAUAUCAUAAAUAAAGCAUUGCAUUAAUGUCUAAUUGGGCUAAACCUCUCAACCUAAUUCACUAAUGAGAUUGAGCGAUUUCAUUCUCACUGACAAGAUAUAUGUUCCCAUCUCCACAUUACACAGAUUAAAUAUUGAGCUGGACUCCAUUAGUUAUAUUGAGCGUAGUGAAACCAGUAACCAAGUCAGCUAGCGUCGCAGGUGAGUCCCAGUGGGACUGCCUGCCACAGGACAAGAAAUGGUCACAGGACGUGUUCUGUGCUGUUAUCCUUAAACCUGACAUGAAUGAAACGGUCACAUUAUAAGAGAGGGAUGCAGUCCAUGUGAUUGAAUGGUCCAUUGGCAAACAAACUGAAUGUAUAAGAGAAGCUAGUGAUGGCUGGAUUUGUCCUCAUUUUGAAUGAUCAAUGUAUUGAGUGUUUUUCCUCUUUGAUCUGUUGUGCAGUGUAGAGGCUUUGCAUAUGUGCGCUGUAUGUGCUCCUCUGCUUUAUUCUCAUUGUGAAGGUACCAUCGGGUAUACAGUGAAGAGACAGGUUCAGAUAAAGGCAGGUCUCAGUUCUGAAACAGGCAUGAUUGAGUCCAGAUUUAACCACUAAAAUAGUCAAUUAUGGAUACAUUUAAAGGGCUAGUCAACUCAUUUUUUAAAUAAAAGAAUACCUAACUAUGUCGAUCAUUUUAGUUUGAUUUCAUUUUUGUCAGUCUGGUAGCUUUUCCAGAGUAUCUGGGACAUCGUGCCUUGAAAUAAAUGUGACUCUUUAAUUUUUAGCCAGUCUCCCAGCAUGCCAUAUGUGGCGGUCUGUCAGUUGAUGCUCUGCUUUGGUCCAAGGACGACUAAGCCAACAAUUACAAAUGAUUCUGUGAACCCUGCUGCUGGCUCCAGAGCCAGUGUUGGGGUGACAUUUGUUGAUUUGAGUAUGAAAUGGUGUUUAAUUAACCAAAUUUCAUAUGCAGCAUCAUUAUUGGGCUAAAAUUUGAAUUAUUAUGUCGCUGAAGUUUACCAUGAAGUAUUUCCCAGCUAGGCCACACUCAGUUAAAAAGACUUUGGUCAAAACCCUUUAGAAGUUUUCCCACUAACAUUGAGUCUGUAUAUUAUAAUUGUAGCUGCCAUGCCAAUCGUGCACUGGCAUGGAUAGGGGCCCACUGACAUUGAGAGUGUACAGGGCCCAGAAUUUGGUGCUACGCCCCUGGCUGUUGGCAUCACCAGUGAUAUGUGGUUAACUCAUCUUUUAAAUGGAUGUACCGGUGUUACACACCCCGUCGAGAGAGGAAUGUUGCCGACCGCUUGCUUCUCUACUUAUACCAACUUUAGUAAUGACCGCAGGACAGCAAUACACAGCGGUCUGAGGAGCCACACACAAACCUCAACCAAAACGCCACUCUAUAUCCACAAAUAAUGCUCAGAACAGCACCUAACUUCAUCAACAGUACAUAUAGGGUCCCAGCCACAGCACUAGCUACCAAACAUCUUUUUAACUUUGCCUGAUUUCUUUAGUAAAGAGACUAAACACAACUCACCUACUCUCUUCCAGCAGCUGCUUGUUUGUGGCGAAACCUUGGGCCAGUCCAUUACAGAGCAGGGUGUCUGCAGAGCAAAAUGAUUAAUAUGGUGAUUAUGACUUCAAAGAAAUGAUAAAGUAAUGACCCUAAAUUAAUUUUACGCUGGAAUAUCCCUUUAAGGGACACAGUAUACUGGAUUACAGUUAUUAACUGGCUCUAAAAGCUUUUAAUAAAACGUAAAUAGAAAAAAUAUAACUGGACUCCUCAUAGCGUUUUCCUGGUUUUCAGAAGGUCAACCAGGGUAUCGCCAACAGGUAACUUCCUGUUUAUUACGUUUGACAGCAUUUCCAUUGUAAUGCUUCUUUUAAAAAUCCUAUAUUAUGGAGAACAUUAUCUUAAGUCACCUCAGAUUCAAAAGUGGCUGUUUUGGUUAUUUCUAAGGCCCUGGUACCUAAUUCAGAGUCGUCUGUUUUAUGCCAGACUCAGUGUCUUAUUAUAUUUUGAUGUGAUUUGAAGCGCUCAGUUUAUGGUGUUUCCACUGCGGAUGUUGUUUCCUCCUCCUCUCAGUCAUAACUGUCUGUUCAGCUGUUAGCAUGGAAGAUUCGAUGCUCUGAGGUAAAGGGCCCUUGAGGAUUGUAUUUCAGGUCAUCCAUUACCAUAAUUGCUUUUACCAACCAAGUAGGCUUUCCUUAUGCAACCUGCGUGUAAAUCUUUAAUUACAUUGUUUUGAGGCAACAAACUUUGUAACUGCUUUUGACAGGCGGGGUUUGUUGUUUAAAAUGUAAAAUAAAACGCUUCUUGGGCUGUGUGCAAACAAUGGAUUUAGCUGUUUCAGAGGCCUAAUUCUGUAAGUAAGACGCCGCAGCAGAGUGGAGUCACAGCUUGUGUUUCCAUGUCUACAUUACACUCUGUUGGAAAGACCGAACAAGGCAAGCUGUGGUUAGAGUUACACACUUCUCUGACAGAUGUCAGUUUGUUAAAGGAGCUCAGUGUCACUCAUUUGAUAUGAACAACUCCCUCUAAAAAUUUAAUCCCUGUGUUUUCUGUGUUUGCGGGGAACUCUGAUUGUGGCUUUUAAAUAAAUGUAAAUGAGCCACAGAGGCAUUAUGGCGGGCUUGUACCAUUUGUCCAUGAACAUGCGUUGGUUGAUUGGUCUGUUUUUGCUGUCCACUAGUUUUUUGACCGUUUGCACUUCUUAUACAACUGCGUUUGGGACAAUGAAUAGCUUGAAAGCUAUAAUUAGCAUGUAUUUAAUGUUGAGAUUUAUUCAGUGUGUCAAAUUAAGUCAGCGCCUGUGAUGUUAGGGCGCCUUCAGAGCUGUCAAGCUGUAUGAGAAGCACUCAGGUAUGUCUAUGAGAAAAGUGGCGGUGGAAAGUCUUAUUGAUUUUCAAAGUGUCUUCUUUGUCCUUGAACAUGAUGAAUACGCACCUUCUCUGCGAUAUGAGAAAUAUGACUAUUUCAGCAAUUUAAUUUUAUGUAAGGUAUCACUGCUAAAUUUACAAUCUAGGUCACUGAUCCCAUUAGCCUUCCAGGAUUGGGACACCUUUUUUUUUUUAACUUCUUUAAUGAGAAACUCCAAAUUAAACUAAAUGGAGACUAGUUGGAAAGGUGCCAAGUCGUGAUGUGGGCCUCAAGCAAGUGUUGAAGACAGUGAAAGUUUUAUGUCUCUUAGAUUUUAAAUGGCUGUUUCCACAGAUAAAUCAAUACAAACAGUAAAUUUCUAACUUUAAGGAAGUGGAUUCGCAUUGUUGUGGUCUGACAAGGAAGCUCACCUUAAGUUUGAAAUUAAUUCAAAGCAAGACCUUCCACAUGGACUUUUGACAUUUAGUUGGAUUCUCAUUUGACACAGAGAGAACUACAAAAACUCCAGUUUUAAGUUCAAUAUUCUCAGAUGCAUAUUUACACUGUCAUUUUUAAUAUAUCAAACAAAGACAUUUCUUUAUUCCUCUUCCAAUAAAAUGAAUGCCUUUACCAGUUUGAUUGAAUAAGCAAGAAUAGCACAGUCAGCAGCUGUAAGGAGCGUUGGGACUAUUGACUGUAUAAAUCAUGAUAUUUCAUGAUUUAUUUAUUAUUUAUUUAUUUACAUAAUAUUUACAUAUAAAUAUAUAUAUUUACAUGAUAUUUACAUGAUACAUGAUAUUUAUUUCAUGAUCAUAAAAUAUGAUCAACGUGGCCUCUUAUCUUCCCAAUAUUAAAAAAGGAAGCCAGAAUAUCAUCUUUACGGUAACAUAUACGCACAAAGUAACAUAUUUUGCUGCAAAAGAACUGUAUGAUUAGUCAUUUCAAUCUUCCUUUCAAUACUAAAAUAAACAAGUUUUUAAAAUCUAAAAAGAAAAUUGUGUUUUGAGAUAGAUUGAUGUUGUGGCGAUGUUUUUGCCAUAUUGGUUGAAAAUUAGUGAAAUAAGGUCUAAGAUAUCCCAACCUCUUUACCUGUUUUCAACCAGUUUUCAACAUUGAAGUCUGAGGUAAUGCUGACUGUAAAUUGCUGUAAUAGGAUGCUUGUUUGAAAAAAAUGAAUUUGUAUAUUUUAAUUGUCUGAUUUGACCCAUGUCCCAUCAGUUAACAUGGAUGAGGCAGACUAUAUGAGUUUUUCCGUAACCACUUACCAGGAGAGCUCAAAAUGUUUUGACUUCAAUUUCGGAGAGUGGGUGUACUGUCCUUUUUUAUAGAGCAGGACGGACCGUUUAACUUCUCCGGUUAUUAAAGAAGGUUGGGGUGUACGAGAUAAGCAUUUUAUCAUGGGUUAAUACAUGUUUUUAUCUGAACCAUGGUUCUCACAUAUUGCCGAUUAACAACCUGCAGCUUUUAAAAAAGUGGAUCUCUUUUAACGCUCCCCUAUGAUGGUGUUUUUAGUGAUUUAACACAUGCUCUAUGUGUCUUCAAUAACAAACAAAAAAAAACAAAACACAUAUUUAGUUCCUGGAGGAUCUGUAGCUUUUCAGUCUCUAAUCUUGUUAUCCAUGGAGUCAUCUGUGUGGGCAGGGAUAUUUUGAUAAAGAGACCUGAAUGUAGUCUGAGAGUUCAAACCAUUGCAGACAUUUACAGAGGUGAAAAAACACUAAGGUAAAUAUGGCGAGGUCUCAAGAAGAACCCUCACCAGUACCAAGUCAGAUGUUUCUAGUAUUAAUCUGUAAAUAUCACAAAGUGGUAAAUAGUUUAGGAGGAAGAAUACUGGCAGUGGGAGUGGUUUUAUAUACCUAUGCAGAUUACGCCUGUCUACAUAUAUAUGUCACCACAGGAGCAAAAUUAACAGCUAAAUUUUCCCAGCAGGUGAGCUAAAGGAAUCGCACAGAAGCUUUUCACUUUCUCGUCCUCAAGAUUGCUCGAUUAGAGGAUAACUAAAGUAAAUAAGCAAAGGCAAGGACAAAGAAUGUUUUUGUUUUGUGAAAUCAUUAGAGGGGAUUAUGCUAAAUCUGUAAUCAAUCUUAAUAUCUAGAAAUAAUGUUUCUUGAAUGAUUCACCAGUCCCUCUAGACAUUAGAGAACAAAACCCUUAAAAAGCGGCUCCAUUUUUCCUUUUAUUGUACAAAACAACCUUUAAUGAUCCAUAGCACACACACAAGCACCAUUUAACUGAUGUGACUUUCCUACUGUAUUCAUUAAAUCUAUUUUUAAUAGAAAAGUACCCGCAGAAAGGAUAAAACAAAAACAUAAAUCUCUACCAUGAGAUAAUAAAGGACCGCCUCCCUGAGCAAAAAGAAAACUAUCUAUAACCCUUGUCCUUUUGUGAACCCACCUCCUCCUUUAAUAAUUCUUUUCCAGCCCCUAAACUUUAAAUAUAAAUUAACCUCUUCAUGCCUUUAGGUACAUGUGCAAUGGGACUAAAGUCACAGAGAAUCCAAACUACACAUUUUAAACAUUUAAGAUGAGCUCAGCUGAGAAAUGAAGCAACCUGUGCACAAUCUGCUACACUGAAUGCAAAAAUAUCCCUCUAUAUGUGCAUAUUUUUUAUCUUAAGUCACUAGACAUGGUAUAAUUCAUCACCAAGCAUAUGAAGAGGGUUUUCCCCUAAAAUGUAAUCAUGUGCACUUUUUCUUUUCUCUACUGCGAGGGGGCUUCUGCUCUUGAAGCAAAAAAACAGCCACAGGGAAACCUUGCUUGAAGUUGCUGACGGCAACAUUUUGUGAAAUAUCUACUCAGGGCUGUGACGGCUCGUACACAGGCAGAGACAGACCUUGAGGUGAUUGAGUGUUUGGAGCAGGAGCAGCUGUGGAGGAAUAUCAGUGCGGUGUGUCAGAAAGAGGAAUUAUUUGACAAAUGUAUAGGGAGCUAAUACAGUUUGAUAGUGUUUAAUCCUCGACCUGCAGCUGCAAAUAUAAAACCCUGUGAGAGGAGGAAGAUGGAGAUAGCGAAGCCGGUACCAUGAGCAUGAGCAGGGAUCACUGUGAAGGAGGUGGACAUGGCGGUCAUGGGCUGAGCUCAUAGUUCAGGGUGAAUACACUCAGCAGUGAAUCUUCCGAUGGCUGCAGAUUGGAGUGAAAGUGAUGAGGAGGGAGGAGGGGAUGGACCUGAGGUGACCAUGUGAGAAGGGGGUGUUUAUGAUAGAGGACAGGGUGGAGAAGAGUGAUGAGAGGUGUAGAAAUCCGCCCACUCUCUAGUCCCCGGUGGAGCGGCCUGCCUUCUGGUCGGGGUGGCCAGGCGACCAGAACCUAAUGCUAAUGUGAAGGCGGCAGAUGUUCCCAUCAGCAUAAUGCUUUGAAGUUGAAAAUGCUUACUGCAUGAUGCUAAUGUAAUACUUAUUUUGUUAUUUUUUUGUAUCUGAAAGCAGUAAGGGGAGGCGAAUCGAAGGGGGGAGACUUGUCGCAGUGUUGGGUCCUGGUGCAUUAGAGUCAUACAGUAAACUGUCUGUAACCUGCAGGAAAUCACAAACUUCACAUUGUUGUUUUGUUUUUAUUUUGUGUUUUUGGCUCUUAACUUGAGUUGAUGGCGAAUAUUGUUUAGUUGUGAGGCAUUAAUUACACAAAAAAAAUUAGGCUGCAUUCAGUAAGUAAGAGUGUCUACGAUUGAUCUUGUUUAAGGUGACGACACAACAUGUUUGCCUUUUGUUUCCCGUUUUUUAAAACAAAUACUCAUUGAUUUACUUUUAUACCUAUUGUUCGUUUUCUACCAAUCUAUUCAUUGAUUGAUACCUUUCUACUGUCCUUCCUUUCUGCCGUCAUAUGAGCUCAAUUUUAUUUGACAGGUUGUUGCAAGCAGUGCAUUUAUCUUGAUAUAGAGAUAUUUUUCAGUUGAAUGGACUUAUUUUUUUCAUGUGCUGUCUACUUCAAUUCUUAUCCAUCCUAUCAACACUAUUAUUAUGUUAAACAAGAUCUUGUUCAGAUCUUGCAAAAUAAAAAAUUAAAAAAUCCAAUAGCUUAAUUGCCAAAAGAGGACAGCCCUCAGUAAGAGUCUCCAGCGUAGAUUGAGGGUAAGGAUCCUUCAAAGAAACCAUCCUUAACCUUUGUAGCCUGCAAACACUACUCAGGCUAAACUUUUUGCAUCGCCAUCGUGCUGCCCCUGUUGCCUAGCAACAGUUAUCUGUCUAGCAAACUAGCCCAAGAGUACCUGGCUGCAGAGUGGAGCUCUGUAUGUGCAUGCGCAGUGGGUAGUAGAACCUCUGCUUGAUUACUGGAAAAUAUGGCCAUAUCAUCGGUGAAAGUGGAUUUUCCUCACAAACCUUUACAGUAAAACGUCUGCAGACUUUAAGUGGUUAGUGGUUUUGUCAAGAAAUAAGGUGGAAAGUGUCUCUGAUCUCAUCAGCAUAUUUAUUCUAGUGCAGAUUUUACAAACCUUAAUGGUUAGUAAAUGGUAAAGUUCUGAAUCAUUUUUAGCCACAUUGCGCCCCAUGUGCUCAGUUCUACCUCUGUUGGUGUGUAAAGUUUGUAAAGUUUACUUCUUCUGCAGUUUAAAUUUUUUAACCCCUUUUAGAUUAUUUCAAAAUAUUUUUGAUCUAAAACAAAAAUUAUUUCCAGCAUAUUUUAGAAUCUAAACACCACACUUAAAUGUAGCUCUUAUGCCAUUGGUUGGCUAUUUCAUUCAGUCCUGUAAAAGUGAUUUAACUUGCAGCUUAUUAGGGAUAAAGGUCUGUAAUUAUAACUUUGACCUAUCUUUGAGAAACAUGCUCACAUACACAUUCAAGACAAUAUUUCUGUGCCUGCCACUGUUGGCUGUUUAACAGUUGGAUAAUGUUUCUGCUUCAUCUAUAGCCAUGUUUUUAAAAAGACAACAUGGCUUUGUCUGUCAUCUUCUUGUCCUCAUCUUUCAUUAUUCAUUACAUUCUUUUUGUUUGUCUUUUAUAGCACUUGUAUAGCUGGGCAUUCAGUUGAGUCAAGACCAAGUAGCUUACUAACAUUUAACAGUGCAUUAGUUUCUUAGCCACUCUAGCGUCUCCUGUGUUUAGGGGUGAUAGUAAGCCGGUACGUAGCGUACUACGUACCGGCGUACCGACGUACGUCGUACCGGGAAGACAUAAACAGCAGUAUACAGCAGCAGUACGCAAACUUUCACCCCUGUAAUGUAUGUAGGCUACAUUUGCUUACCGUGUGCCUGCACGUCAGUCUGCACUCUGCAUUGUAACCGUAGUAAUCCGAUAGGACCAUGCCGCUCGCGAGUGAGUCGUAUGUGCUUCCGGAAACAAACAAUCGAACUCCGGAGCGCGCUCAGUGCGCACUUUUGAUUGGACGCUGGUUGCCGAAGCGUUAGGGACCGGCUUUUGCGGAAGGAGUGAACUUUUAAAGAAACAGCUGCUUCAAUCUCAAAGGGCUAUUCCAGCGUAAAAUUAAUUUCCUUAUCAUGUCCUUGAAGUAAUUAUCACUAUAUUAAUCAUUUUGCACUGCAGACGUGGUAGUUCUUCUGCCUUAGCAUCUCGGUCUGAUUGCAUUUCCAUGAAGAAAUGAUCAUAAAUGUUCUCCCUUGAGCUGCGAAACUCCGCAGUAGUCUGCAAUGGACUGGCCCGAGGUCUCACUACAAACAAGUGGCUGCUGAAUGAGAGUAGGUGAGUUGUGUUGAGUCUCUUUGCUCAGUAGAUCAGGCAGAGCUAAAAAGAUGUUUGGUGGCUAGUGCUAUGGCUGGGACCCUAUAUGUACUGUUGAUGAAGUUAGGUGCUGUUCUGAGCAUUAUUUGUGGCUAUAGAGUGGCGUUUUGGUUGAGCGCAUGGCUCUCUGUAUUGCUAUCUGUGGUUGUUACUAAAGUUGGUUUAACUAGAGAAGCGAGCGGUCGGCAACAUUCAUCUCUUGAGGGGGUGUCUAACUCGGUAUUACGGUGUGUUUGACCCUAAAUUAAUUUCACGCCGGAAUAUCCCUUUAAUGCAGAAAUAAAACAAAAUGCAGAGAAAAAUGGAUUUUAUUUUCAAGAGAAAGAGAGAGGCAGCAGAUGAUGAUAUUGUGGCAUCAGAGUCAGCACCUCGUUAAACUUGGGUGUGCUCCUCUUGUACAAAGCCUACGGGUACAGUACCUGCAAGAACCUUAUCCUACUUUCACCCCUGAUUUACAUGCAGUAAUUUGUGGGAUAUGUUGAGUUUAUCCUUCACACUCUGGCAAAAAAAACACAUUUUUUGGUCUUUGAAAAUGGGAGAGCUUUGGUGUGACACAGCCCACAAGUGCUCCUUUCAUAGGAUGCAGCCCCUGAAUUGAGACAACUGGGAUAAAGCUUCUCAAAGAGAUAUAAGAAUAGCAGCAUGUUUCUGAGCACGAGCAGACAGCAGUAGAUGCAGAAAUUAAAUUGAACAUAGCUUAUCAAGAUAAACUUCUUACAGGGUGUUUUAUUGGUAGAUUUGCGCACAGGCAAGGGGGAUUAAAUAACACACUAAUUUCAAUGAAAUAGCAGGAAGUUAACAUUCACAUGAGGUCAAAAACGUAUCUUUUAAGUGUCUACUUAAUGUUUAUACGGUGAUCAAGUCUGUAAAAGAUUGAACCUUGAGAUGGGUAAUUAACUGCUGCAAUUUUUCCACAGACUUUAAUAGAAACAAAUGGACACUCAUGAGGGAGGGAAGUACUUGAAAGUGUACAAAAUUCAAAGCUGUCAGGGAAGUACUCGAAAACACAGGCAUGACACUUCAGUGUUUUAGCCUUCAUAAAACAACCCUGCAUCCUGCACAUAUCUCCAAGAUCCAUGUUUGGCCUUAUAGAUGCGCACUGAGGCGUUCAACUCAUUAUCAAUCAUAUCCUCUUUUUUAUGGCUACAGCUCUUGCAUUUUUGGUCAAUUUAGUUCUCUUGGACGUAAUCCAAAGAAACAGCCCGUCUUAAGGAAAUGUGACUCAAAAAUGUGAUUUGAUAGCUAGAGGCUCUUUGUGACUUAUUGUUAAAUGGGCUUUAAUGAUUUCCUGUAGCAUGCUGUGUCAUCAGGAUAAAAAUAUGAGAUGCCUUUCGCCUCGCUCUCAGUCAUUCACCCCUCGAUAUCACUGUGCCCUUUCCUUGCAGUUAUUUAUGGUGGACAACGCAGCUGAUGACUGGAGGAUAGCAAUGACAUAUGAGCGCAUCUUCUUCAUCUGCCUGGAAAUCCUGGUGUGUGCGAUCCACCCCAUCCCAGGGAACUACACCUUCACCUGGACGGCACGCCUGGCCUACUCCUACGUUCCAUCCAAGACGGAUGCGGACGUGGACAUUAUCCUGUCCAUUCCUAUGUUCCUGCGGCUGUACCUCAUAGCUCGUGUCAUGCUGCUGCACAGCAAGCUCUUCACGGACGCCUCAUCCCGCAGCAUCGGGGCGCUCAACAAGAUUAACUUCAACACACGCUUUGUGAUGAAGACCCUCAUGACCAUCUGUCCCGGCACUGUGCUGCUGGUGUUCACCAUCUCGUUGUGGAUCAUCGCUGCAUGGACUGUCAGAGCCUGCGAAAGGUGCCUGGAUCACUUUCUCACGCUAUGCUGCUCUGCUCGGCAUAAAACAUAGAUAAGGCAUAAAAAUAGAUAAUGUACACAGGUUUAAGCUCACUCUGUGUCUGAGCAUUAAGGUAGAAAGAUUUGCAAGAUUACAGCGCUGCAGUACCCACACAGAUAUUCAAUCUAUGCACAGCACUCGGCUUUUAAAAUUGAGGGAGACAUAAGGUGAAGCUCGGGUUCAUAAAUAUUUUUCAGGUGCAUUAAAGCUGGUGAAUGUAUUGCAUCUGUAAUUUUUUACAGGUACCAUGACAACCAGGACAUAACCAGCAACUUUCUAGGAGCCAUGUGGUUGAUCUCAAUCACGUUUCUUACCAUUGGAUAUGGGGACAUGGUCCCAAACACGUACUGUGGGAAAGGAGUCUGCCUCCUGACUGGGAUCAUGGUGAGCAAAGCAGUCAAUACAUCUGUUUUGCUAGACAGAUAGAAAAUGUGCUUCAAAUGAUUCAUGGCUGGAAAACAGCUGACAACUAAAUGAAAGAAAGCAAUCAAUCAGUCAAACAACUCUUAUGCUCCAGAGGUUAUUUUUGGGCGCCACGCACAUUUGAAAUAAAAUGUAAUUGGUAGAAAAUACUGAUAAAAAAAGAAAAUAAAAAAGAGGUUCAAGUACCAGACAGCAGAUAAAUCAAAGGGAAUAAAACCUCGAAAGGACAUAUUUUGAUCCAUGUGAAGUUAAAAUGUUCGGCAAUUUUUGGCCCAAUAACUGCGUACGGUGUAAAUCAAUGAAAAAUAAAAUGCUUGAUUGUAAAAUGUAUUGAUUUCAAUUGAUUUGACGUUUGUUGUUUCAGGAAUUAGGUUUCUCCUCACAAUUGUAAUCAGUGAAGCUUCAUAACAUGUAUCUGUUCCUGUCUUUGCUCGACAGGGUGCUGGCUGCACUGCCUUGGUGGUGGCUGUGGUUGCAAAGAAACUGGAAUUAACCAAAGCUGAAAAACAUGUCCACAAUUUUAUGAUGGACACCCAGCUAACAAAAAGAGUGAGUGAAAACCUCUCAAGGGUGCUUUAAAAUCAUAGUCGUUCAAAUCCCUGUGUCUGAAAACAAACCUUUUUUAUUGUGCCUUAGGUGAAAAACACAGCUGCAAAUGUUCUCAGGGAGACGUGGCUCAUCUACAAGAACACCAAACUGGUGAGGAAGAUGGACCACGCCAGAGUCAGGAAGCACCAGAGGAAGUUUCUCCAAGCCAUUCACCAGUAGGUUCACGACUCCUAACCCUGACCCACUCAUGUGGUUCUGAUACUUUUUGAAUUUGGGAGUGUGCUGACAUGAUUUACUGACACAACCUGAAAUCUGAAUUGUUUGACACCUGUAGCAAAAAUAUGAACAUGUUAUAUUGAAGGACCUUGAAUGAAGGACCUUGAAUGGGGGCUACACGUGAACAAUUAACACAAUUCGUUUGUCUUAAAUAGGGUGUAAUAUAUGUCAUCGUGAAACUGCAUAGUUUUUGGAUUUGAAGCUGCAUUUUUCCAGCAGGGAAUGUGGAAAAGUCAUGUUAUUUUGAUGAUAGUAUCCAUAAUAACAACCCCCAGUUCAACAGAGCUAUUCUGGCAAAGCAAACAAGUUUUAUCUUUAAAUAUUCUCAAGUGACAUAGUUCCAUAAACCACUGCUGUGAGGGGGUUUAGAAUUAAGAUAGUAGUUUCAGUCAUGUGGGACUUUCUUCUAUCCCCUUUUUAUUGAAAAACAGUCUGAAUUGUCUUAAAAUCUCAGCUGCAUAUUUAAAUGUGUAGAACAUAUUUUCCUUUUCUGUUGGUAGACAGAAACACCACAUAAGAUCUAAGUACACUGUGAAGAAGUCAGCAUUCCUCCGCUCUCAGUUUUCUAGAAAUGUUCCUGAAAAAAAAAAACCUCUCAAUAUAUUGUCAAGUUACAGAAUCCACAGCUGUGUGAUAUUGAUCGCUCUCCGUCUCACUCACCUCUAUUUGUCAGAUUGACUCUUGCGUGUCUCUCUUGUGUGAGUCAGCUUCAAUGCUGACCUCAUGGCUGACACAUCUGGGUGUACUUUUCUAGCUGGUCGGACACUCACCUGUCAGCCAGUCUUUUAGUGGGUCCCUAAGGACUCCCCGAGUGCUAUCUACCUCCAAAACAGUAUCGAUCUUAGCCUCACCUCGCUCUUGUUUUUCUGCAACCUACAGUGCUUACAGGCACAUCCAGUUUCUGGCCUUUUUAAAAAAAUCAAAUCAGCGGUUUAUGAAAAUAAGCAUGUACAUGUGGGAUAAUUGUGCUACAAAGCAGCUUAUGCUCUAUUAAUAUCUCCCCUUUUCGUAUGUUUGUGCGCUUUCUGUGGUUUUAUGUACCUAUAUGUGGUCUCCUGUGCUUAACUUUGAUUUUUCUCAUGACUCUUAAGCAUACAUUUAUGUUUUAAAGGCAUUAAGAUGCUUGAUAAUGAGGGAGAGAAGAACAAAAAAAGUGUCCGCUGCUGCUGCUGCGACCUGCAUCCAGGCUUGUGCCGUUUGAUAGCCUUGUCAUGGUUGCAUUGUCGAGUCAUUACAUCCCCUGCUGUCGCAUUCAGGCGAUUUGCAGCGGCGAUGCCAGCGUCUCAUGUCUCCUGUUCUUUAGGGCAGCCUAAUAAUGGAAUUCCCCCCCUGAGCUAAAUCUUUAAAGAAGCCGUUUCAUGAGGGGAAAAGUCACAUCCUGCUCUGUGUGCAAGGACAACUGCUCAGCGUGAUGUCAACAUCCCCCCUGUCACACCUUUAUCUCACAAAGUUCCUGUUUGUGGUGUGCUCACAGACCUUAUCGGGGGGGAUUUUUGUAGUUUAGCCUGUAGCCAGUGUGCAGAGUGUGGUGCACAAACUCUGGAUUGAGAUGAACGCAGGGCAGGAAGCACAAAAAUUGCUCAAGUGGAGGGGUUGGAAAAGGCCCACAGCCAUCCUUGACCUGUCAUGAAGUGAUAGUAAACACUGGAUCAGAUACCAUCGCGCCUGUUUCCUCCGGGUCAGAGCUGCAAGAAAAACUUUUCCAGGGGUCUGAAUCAGUCACUGUAAAGGAUGGGAGGUGCAAACUGUUGUUAAAUGGAGCCAUAGUUGCUGCAAAGCGCUGUCCGUCUGCGAAUGUUUACUAAAGUUAGCAGGAAGGUUGUUUUGAUUUACUCUACUUGUGAUAAACAGGACCAGAGAGUAAAAAAAGGGAUUAAAGUGCAGGCAGAGCUGCAGCUACCAACACAGGGAGAUAACACUCUGCAGGUUGCAUGAAGAGGGAAAAGUCAAGAAUAAAUAGCUGCUGCUGCUGCUCAGAGGUGAGCCGUCAGAGCAGAGACGAGGGCGACAGCACCCAGACGUGAGCAAACAGACUGUGCCAUCUGAAUAUGUUUAUCUGAUAUUGCAAUAAUUCAUUUGUCUACUUCAUGUUUUCCUUUUUUUCCUGUUUGUGUCGACACAAUGCAAUAGAGCUCGAAAGUAAGUCUUCGCCUCACACGUAGAUAUACAGACCUGUUGUGUGCAUGCUAACGAGAGCUUGUCCUUCAACCCAAUAAUGUGACCUAAAAAAAAUUACACUCCCUCAUCUGAUAAGUGAAAUUCAUGCCUCAGAACGAUUCUGACACAAAGACACGACAUCUCUCUUACAGAGUAGUUUGUCAGUUUCAUAAAUCUCACUUUUCUUCUUCAGUAUUCAGCUUCACAUGCAGCAAAGAGCCUAAACUGACCAGCACAAAUACCUCCCUAUUGACACAUAACUGCACACAUGCACUCUUGUCUAUAAUAUGAGUUUCAAUUAUCAGUGAUGGAGGGUGUUUUUCUUCCCAUUUCUGCAUGGAUGUGAUGAGAAUUUGAUCUUUAAUCAGAAAGCCACUGAUUAAACUCCAACCAACUGUGCUUUCACGUACUGAAGGAUGACGACUAGAGCCUCUCCAGGAACACAGACCUGCAGUAGCACAAGUAUUUAAUCUUUAAUAUCCCUCAAGUCAUGUUCUACAACUCAGCAGUCAUGCUCACUCAGAUCAGGGCUCGGGGUCAUCUUUCGGCGUGUGGAACCAUUGUUACGCCUGUUGCUACAUUUUGCAGCCACAUUUCCUCAAUUUUCCCUGUUGGAUGACACAGUAGCGGAGACACUGAUCCGGUGUUAUUAUGGCUAGUUAGCAGCAUAAUAACAUCGACGUACAGCUGUCACACAUCAGUGGGCUAUGGAGAAUUAGCAGGGUUAGCAUUUAGCACACUUUAAACACCUUUGAGGUCACGAGGAUGGUGCAUUUUACCACGGCAGUGUUAUGUUACAGUAUGUAGCAGCUGUUAAGUCAGGUGUCUCUGGCUCCUUUGGGAACGCUGUCCCUUUCCAUCCACAAGGUUGAAACAUGACAAGAUGAGAGUGCUUGUUAACUCAGGGAUCAGGGGAUUGAAGAAACAGGAAAGCAACCUGAGAGGAAGGUCAGAGUAAACACCCCCUGAGCAAUUCAGUUGGAGCCCGAGAGGCUUCAACUGUGACCGGCAGCGCGAGGCACAGCCAGCAGGGACCGAGAGAAGAUAAACAAGUAUCAGAAUGUGCAUUAAGCUGGAGAAAAAUCUGCAUUUUCCUUUCAAUGCGAGGUAAAAAAAAGAAGUCUAGAGGGUGAAAAAUAUAGCGCAGCACUAACUGAGAUUGCCCUUACUGAUUUAGUGUGGUAUUGAAAAGCUUAGCAUAGGCGUUUUUUUUUUCUCCCUGAUGAAUAGCAAGCAGAUUUAGAGUGCCCAUUCAAAAAGCAGAGCUGCCUGUGGGGAGUGAUUGACGGAGGGGUUCAGACAUGCGGGCUAAUAAAGGCAGGGCAAGUGUAGGCCUCUUCAUCCUGACCUCAGGCUGCCCUCUUCUUCGACCUCUAUCUGACGGCUAUUGGUCAUCCAACUGUGAAACCUUGAAUUAUAGCAGGUCUCACAUUACUAGAAACUCAUCGAAUACCUGUUCUCUUCCACCGUUAGAUAGACUUCUUUCUAUUCUUAUGUGUUUUACAAUAAAAGCGCUGUUUUAAAACAGUAACUCUCUAACUGCAGUUUUUUUGAGUCUGCUCUGUAUGAGGCGUUUGGGUCCUGUCAGGACAUCCUGGUUUUUCUUUAACGACUCCUGUGGCACCCUCUGUUGGUCUAACCUGUCAUCUUUGCUCCACAUCCGCCUGUCUUCAGGACACAGACAAAGGAUCCUGCACUGCAUGAGAAUGGGUGCAUCCGAGCUAAGCUAAUUAGCGGACUCCCGAAGGCCCCCUUUAAACCCCCGUCUUGCUCUUCAUUAGUUUGCCUUCAAUUCACGUUCAACCUAAUGAUCACCUCACGCUCGAACUGCAGUCAUAUCUCAGAUAGCUUUCAUGUUUCUUUUAAAUUAAACCCUUGAAUGCCCAGCCUGACAUCAUCAUGUUAUUGUAUGUUUUGCACCCAGUUUAAUUAACAGAGCAUGUGUGGGUGAUUAAUACAAUAGAAGAAAAAAAAACUCUUUAUCUUUUAACCGUGUGAGGUAGACACUACGAUACUGCACAGUUGCUGUUUUUGAACCCCCUGAGAGAAGGAGUGAAAACACGCUUUGCUGUGGAAGCCUAAUUAAACAGGAGAUGUGAAUUAUUUAAGCGUGUCGUAUGGAGUAGGUGAGAUAUUUUUUGCAAGCCCUACAAGCAUCACUUGAUGAAAAAGAGGGCCAUUAAGGGAGUCAUCUUUUCUACAACUUUACCAUCACUGGGGAUUUCAGACUUUUCUUUUUCCCAGUUGAAGAUUUAGAUGAUUUCUUUGGUCCGUUUUUCAGGCCUGACAUUCUUUAUUUUGACAUUUGCACUGUUUCAACAUACAGUAGCUGCAAAGUUAAAAGUUUAGCCUUUGUGUUUACAUAGAUUAAUGUUUGAUAUCUGUGGCUUUUGACUGUCUAAAUUAUUCAUAAAGGGAGAAAAGGUUGAGUUUAAACAGAGAGAGAAAUUUAAAGGUACAACUGUGACCUUUUUCAGUUUUUUGUUAUCCUCCUCUCUCCUUCAUUUAAAGAAGAAAUAGGCCUUGAUAAAUGAUGUCUACACUGCAGAUGUGCUCUGAAACUGUAAGUCUUUUCUUUCCUUUAGCUUGGUUACAUGAGCAGGUUAAGUAGGACAUAGACCUGGCCCUUUCCCCCCCCUCUGUGGUCUCCUUUCCACUUGCAUGCAGCUCAAACCAAACAGACUGCCCCUUGCAUUUUCUACACACAUCCUGUGCAUGUCCUGUAGGAGUGUCCUCCGUGUGUAUGCCUCUGUGUGUGCACAAAUUUGAAUGAUACGACAGUUCUGUUAGCGUUAAUUCAUUAGGUUCUGAAUGGUCUUGUGUUCAGAUUGAGAAGUGUUAAAAUGGAGCAACGCAAGCUGAAUGACCAAGCAAACUCACUAGUGGACCUUGCUAAGGUAAGCUAGACUAUAACAGUCUCCUGCUGCAUUGUACACAAGGAUAGAGCCUGAUAAGUUUCUUUCUUGUGUGAUUGAAUUCAAUGCUACAGUUGUGUGUUUUUUUAUACACUCAAAGUCUACAGGUGUCAAAUAAACAGACAGGCUAUACCCAAGGUGGUUAAAACUUCAUUUGAAUGAUGCUUUUGUGGUUUGGAUACACCUGAUAUUCUUCUUUUAUUUCACAGUAUAAAUCCCUCACCUGAGGACAUGCUUGUGAGAAAUUUACUGAAUGAGUUACAAGAAUCUCCUUUGAGCCUGCACCGUUUUUCCACCUUAUGUACUCUCUGAUGUUGGUCUCCAGAUGCACUAAACAGAAGUUGACAAACCUUAGGGAAAGACCAGGCAGCACGCCAGCCUGACACAGCAGAAACAGUAACCUGGAAAGGGAGACACACUGUGAUCUGAUGAUUCAGCCCAAAGUAAAAAGGCAGAGAAAAGAGGAGGAGAAGAGGGCUUUGACAUUCAAAAGUACACCACAGACAGACUGGAUUCAGGCCAGCGUUUCAUGAAAGGUAUCAGUUAAUAUUGUCCAAUCGCUUUGUGCUGUAAAACGGCAGCGAGAGCGGGGACGUGACAUUGGGAAAAGUGGCCUGUCGCCAGUGCAGCUCAGAUGGAUCAUUAAAUGCUGUCGUAAGCGCUUGUUGCCAUAGGAGGGCAGUGUAGCUUCAGUCUCCUCGAUUUAAAAGAGGGAAGACAGAGCUGAAUAUAUCAUUGGCAGUUGCACCACUACUGCAGUGCAAUGUGAAAUUCCCCAGAACUGUGUAUCCCCUCGACACGUUGUCUUAAUAUUACAAUGGAUAUUAUUAGCAACUUAAUUACAACAAUCCUCAGCAUUAAUGUCAUAUUAGUGAUGUAUUGCUUCAUAUACUGUUGCAUAUCAGUCUGAAUUACUUGUCUUUAAAAUACAAAACUGCUACUCCAACCAGCUUCCCACUGUUCCUCUUCUUUACGUCGAGAAAUAUAAAUAAAGUCAAUCUGAGGUUAUAUUGGACAGCUGCAGUUGGUUUAUAUACUGUUUAUACCCCUGCUACACCAUUACACUAUUUCAACUUCUGUUUCUAAUGCCUGUGCCGUCAUGGUUUACCAACACUGCCCUUUGGUUUCUCAUUUUUACUGCCAUCAGUAUUAAAGGAUUUAAAAGGCUGGCAUUUCAGUCCAACUGUUAACCAUGUUUCACAAGAAUGAAUAUUUUUGUCACAGGAACAAACAUGUAAAAUGAUAAUUAAAAAAUAUCAAACAACGGGAAUGAUGAUACAUUAACUAUAACUGUGACUGUGAUACAGCUAUAAACAAAUACAGCUUUGCAAUGUAUGUGAUAAUCUGUGCAGUGUAUAACCACAUGUGGUUAUUUAAGAACAAUCAAACUAGUGGGAAUGCCAUUGUUUGUUAUUGUUUAUUAUCCCCUUUGUUUGAUUCUUCUCGAAUAAUCCCAGAUUAUUAUUACUAUCCAGGAGAUAUCAUAUAAACUGUGGUGAGGUUGUAUCGAAUGUAAGCGCAGCACAUUUGUGCCGAUAUUCGGUAUAAUCAAACAACCUCUAGUGUGUGUAAAUUAUUGUAUCAUAAGGUAUUCACUGUAAAAUAUAGCAAAUAACUGGCAGCAUUUUACUGUUAAUUUACAGUAAUUUGGCUUGACAUUAUAAAACCAUGAAUCGGUUUACAGUAAAUAACUGAAAAUAUACAGGGGUUUCACUGAAUUUUCAUGAUGUUUUAUUUGUUAUUUACAAGUGAUAAGUUCUGCUUUGCACAGACCCUAACACAGAGAACACAACACAAUGCAUAAUAUACCUGAUGUAGCUGUAGUUGCAUACAUGUAUUUGUUCAGCAGAGUACAAAGCAUUUUUAAACACAAAUCAUAAAAACAUUAUGCUAAUAAAUAAAGCAUUUUACUACUUGACCAUUCAUGAAACUGUUUUACAUCACCCUCCUUACUUCAAAGAUUGACAGGGAGCCUGUAAGGAAAAAACAACAUAGACGUAAGGAAGUAAGAAAAAGGCUAAAUCGCAGCAUGGUUGAGACUAUAAAAACCUGGGUGACUUUCAGCAGUCUUUCCUGCAUUUAUUAACAUAAUAUCAGUAGCUGUAAGAAAGAAGACUCACGAUAUAAAUGUUUUGAAACUGCACCACCGUUUCACUUUUCAAGGUGCAGUUAUGAAAAUGAAAAUGAGACAUCACAAACUGAGUCAUAAGGUCUGGGUGUCCUUGCAGACCAGCACCUUAAAUUCUGGUCGUCUGCUCCUAAAUAAAGAGGAGAAAUAAGGCAGAGUCUAUUGUUUAGAGGUAUUGUCGAUUUUCAUGUUUGCGAUUUGGCAUUAAUUUAGUUUGGUUCAGUCAAAUUGAUGGUCAGAUCUAUACUGUAUUACUCAAUCUCUUUUUAAUUCAUGAUAAGCGAGAAAACAGGAAGUAGACUGGUGUUUAUUUGAAGUAAAACAGAACCAUGAAUUCCUGGCCUUGACUGGCUGUCAGGUCCAACAGUAUCAGUUCUACUUUAGAUCUCACCGAGUCACAUAAACAACCCAUCCCAUUAUUGCCACCUCGAAUCAGAAGAGGACGAGGUCGGUGAUGGAUGGCAUCGCCCCCAGGCUGCCAGGGAUUAUUAGUCCUCUGCUGAAUAAACCUCACUAUCCACCCUCCAGCAGCAUCACUCCCACUCCUCAUCCCAAAUGUGCACAGAUUUCAUCUUGUGUUUGUUUUUGUAGACUGAUCCUCAGGACUUUAAAAAAAGCGCUUUAGAUCUUAUUUCUAAACAACUUAAGAGUGAUGGCGUUAGCAUCAAAAGAGCAGAAAGCAGCGUUGUAAUGGUGGGCACUUUUCCUGCCUCGCCGCUCAAGGUCAUGGUGAAAUGAACUCUGCUGGAAACAUGAAAAAUUGAGAAUUCCUCCUUCUCUGUCAGAAAACCGCCUGUUUUCAAGGUUGUUAUCAUCACAGUAACUUAACUUAAUGCCUCCCCCUGAACUUCUUUUAUGUGGAAUUUACUUUUCUGCUUUCAACGUCUGCUCUCCAAAGAUUAUAGAAACAUUUGCUCUAAAACUGCAGAAAACAAACUGAUUACACUAAUUUCAUGAUUAUAAAAGCAUUUACUUUGACUUGUACAAGCUAAGAGGUAAUUUCAGCUUGGUUUUAAAGGAUAUUCAGUCGUAAAAUUAAUUUAGGGUCAAACACACCGAAACUCGAGAGAUGAAUGUUGCUGACAGCUUGCUUCUCUAGUUAAACCAACUUAGGUAACGACCGCAGGAUGGUGAUGCACAGCGGUCUGAGGAGUCAUCAACAAAUCCCAGCCAAAACACCACUCUAUAGCCACAAAUAAUGCUCAGAACAGCACCUUACUUCAUCAACAGUACAUAUAGGGUCCUAGCCACAGUACAUCUUUUUAACUUUGCCUAAUUUCUUUAGCAAAGAGACUAAACGCAACUCACCUACUCUCAUCCAGCAGCCACUUGUUUGUAGCGAGACCUCCGGCCAGUCCAUUAUGGACAACAGCGGGGUGACGCAGCUCAAGGAAGAACAUUUAUGAUCAUUUCUUCAUGGAAAUGCAAUAAGACUGCGAUGUUAAGGCAGAAGAACUACCGCGUCUGCAAAAUGAUUAAUAUGAUGAUUAUUACUUCAAGGAAAUGAUAUAGACAUGAUCAUUUGGUGAGUUGUGUUUAGUCUCUUUACCAUAGAAAUCAGGCAAAGUUUAAAAGAUGUACUGUGGCUAGGACCCUAUAUGUACUGUUGAUGAAGUUAGGUGCUGUUCUGAGCAUUAUUUGUGGCUAUAGAGUGGCUUUUUGGUUGAGAUUUGUUGAUGGCUCCUCUCUGUAUUGCUUUCUGCGGUCGUAACUAAAGUUGGUUUAACUAGAGAAGCAAGCGGUCGGCAACAUCCAUCUCUUGAGGGGAUGUCUAACUCGGUGUUACGGUGUGUUUGACCCUAAAUUAAUUUCACACCGGAAUAUCCCUUUAAUGUUGAUUAUUGAUAUUUUGUCUGCGUAACAACGCACCUACACCAUAAAACAAUUGUCCUAUACUGACCUAAAAGUGCAGAUUCACAUUGGUCAGUGAUGUCUGAAAAUGAUAUGCCCACCUGUAUUUGUCAUGUUUCAAUGUAAAGCUCUGAUGUAGCGUGCCUCAUGAUUUAACAGUCCAAGUUAUUCUAUUUUCAAAACAAAAAUCCCUCUUUGUUGUAGUAUCCCUUCACUGUUCCAAAUGCUGCUCAUUAGGUACAAACAGUUUUGUCUAUUGCAGGCCAUUUGUUUUAAUCUGUAGUUAAAGGUUGACACCAGCUGUGUAGAGAUUCUGCCUGCUGUCUGAACAUAAUAUGCUGACAAACUCAUGAUGUGAAGUUCACCGGCUUGUUUAUUUCCUUUCCUUUUCAGAGUUAUUUACACUUUGAUUGCAUAUUGAUUAAAGAAUUGAAGAAGCCUGUCAUUUCCCAUGAAUCCUUGCGUAGAUUAUGGACACAAAAAUAACCCCUGACUUUUAAAGUCUCAUAUUAAGUGUGUUUCCUCUCCCCUUGUUCCAGACUCAGAACAUCAUGUAUGACAUGAUCUCGGACUUGAACGAACGAGGCGAGGACAUGGAGAAGAGGAUCGCUCUGUUGGAGACAAAGCUGGAAACUCUUCUGAGUAACUUGCAGGCUUUGCCCGGACUCAUCAGCCAGGUGAUCAGCCAGCAGCACAGGGACUUCCUGGAGGUGCAGCUCCAGCCUUAUGAUAAACACAGCCCUGAGCGCUCACAGUCAGUCUCCCGACGGAGGUCGUCCUCCACAGCACCGCCCACAUCAUCUGAGAGCAGCUAGAGUCCACGGGGAACACCUCCACUGAAGACUUUUGCCAUCAUAUGGCCAAGUUGCAUUUAUCGUAAAGCCUUAUGGUUUCAAUAAGUAUUAUCCAAAAUUCUGAUGACAGAAUCCUAGAUACUGGGGACAAUGCAUUUUAACGGAUAACUUCAUGCUGUUAUUUGUUUUUUAUUACCUCAAAAGGUGUUGUUAUCCUUGCUCUGGUGACAUGACCACAAAUAAUGGCGCUUCCCUCAGUACAAACUAAAAGGCCUAUCGAUGGGGUACGACCUGAGCUCUACUCCAUCUCUAUGCAGAGAUAGCCAGUUUUAGGUGGCAAGGUGUGAAACUAUUGCACUAAAAUAGUGCUUCUCACAGACUUUGUGCUUCGGCUGGCUUGGUUCAGUUCCUUGAAGCAAUCUGAGAAACCUCUGAGUAAAUAAGUCAGGGAGCAUGACAGUGACAUUGAGAAAAGGUGCUGGGUUUGAUGGACUGGAGUGAACUGACACCAGAGGGCAGAUGAAAAUCGCUCCUUCACACUGUCUCUCAGAGAUAACUUAAAAAGCUUGAAAUGAGGAAAAAAGCAUAUAUCUUUUAGGUUAGAAACAGCAUCAACAAUAGCGGUUUUCUUUUGCAGAGUGCCCCUGUAGAAUGACUAUUUUUGGGGAGCGACGUUGCAAAUAAUCUAAUCCUCUAGUCAAAAUGAAUGCAUCAAAGUCUGUACUUGCACUUACUUUUUAUUCAAUGCACUUCAAUGCUGACUGACGUAUGAUAUACAGAUGCGUUGCUCAUUAAAAGAAGAACAUUUGAGAUGUUUGGGCAUGGGUUUAUUAUCGUCAAAUCUUGAUUUGUGGCUAGUGUUGAUGAACAAAGUCAAAGCCCCUUUUGUUCUGUGAUCCAAAAAGAAGGUUCAACAAAGAUCUGUACAAGUCUACAUGAUCUUACUGGGUGAUCACAAACUCAGUCUUGACCCCCUUUUGUCUCGCUGUGUCUUAACUCUUGUCCCUCUUUCAUGUGUUAUUUAUGCUUGCUGUCGCCCCAGCUGGGCUAUACAAACAAAAUGCUGAACAACAACUCGCUGUAACCGUAUCUACCUUUUAAAAAGAAAAAGCCUAUUUUUGUAUACUUUGAUGAGGACAAGCACACCUCCUACAACUCAACAAACAACAAGAUGAUGUACGAAGUGACAGAUUCAGCAUAUCUAGCACAUGGUUUCAUAUUUUCAGGACCAGCGUUAAGAUACACACAAAUAGUUUUUGUUCUUUUCUGAACUUAAUUAUGGACUUUUAAAAAAAACUGCAUUUUCCCACAGAUUGCAUUAAUUUUUUACAGCAAAUAUUUUAGAUGAAGCUGUUGGCUGAGCUGGAAGAGCAAUAUUCAAGAGCAAAACUGGUGAACCUACCUACAGUGGCUGGCAUUUAUUAGGUUUUAGAUAAAUGGCAAAAAUCAAAUAAGGUCAUUUAAAUUUGAUGAAAAUAUCCUGUCAAACUCCAUAUCAACUGUGUGUAAGGCCCAGAUGCGGCAAGUAUACCCUCUAGACAUCAAUAUUCACUAUAUAAACAUAGUUGUUAAUGCAACCUUUAGCAUAGCAUGGGUCAGAAUAAAACAUCUGGUCAACUCAGCAGCACUGAACUUGUUCAACCAGCCCACCCACUAACCAAUAAGUCAAUCAGAUGGUCAACAAAACGGCAGAUGUUCAGUCCACAAACUUCAGCAACAUAGAAACCAAUGAGAGAUUAUACUGUAUGCGACUUAAACAAUAGACAACUAAACAAUAAAAAUAUAUAAAUUGAAAACUCUGUGUCCAACCUCAUUAUUAACUGUGCUUAAUGUGUUACUGUGUAU